AUGACAGCUGUAAUAAUGUGGUUCGGACCAUUAUUGAUGGCUCAACCCUUUCCAAUCGAAGUUGAAUAUCCAUUCAAUGUAAAUAAACAACCAUUAAGAACUAUUAUUUACUUGCAUCAUAUAAUGGCUGUAUACCAAAGUCGUACGCAAGUAUGUAGCAACAUCUUCGUAGCUCUCCUGCUUUGGUUCACAGCAGCAAGAUUCGAGAUUCUAUCCCAUAAAUUUCAUAAAAGUACAAGCAUCUCAGAAUUCAUAAUCUGUAUACAGCUGCAUCAACGACUAUUACGGUAA